CUCAAGAAACAAGAAAAAGAACUAACAUGCCAUUUUUACUUUAACACUUGGAAAGAAGAAACAUAUCUUGGAAGCGAUUACCAAAGAUUAAAAGUAGAGUGGAUAUAACCUAGAUAGAACAGAUAUUUCGUGUGAAAUUUGGUAUCACUAACUUAAACCAGCAGGAACUGUAUGAAUGGAAAACACCCAGUUAACAAACAGAGACCUAACGUGUAUUUAGCCGUAUGUAUAUAUGCUUAACUACACCCAAGGAAGCUGUAGAGUUAAAACGUGAACCAUGUUAACAGAUGGGACUUCUCUGCAGAACUUUUUCUUUGAGAUAGAAGUGGUUUGAACUAGAUUCACUUGUUUGAUAUUUGAAUGCAGAGAAAAUGGGGCAAAAAGCAUCACAACAGUUGGCUCUGAAGGACAGCAAAGAGGUGCACAGGGUCUGUGAGGUGGUCAGUGAAGCUAUAGUCCAUGCGGCUCAGAAGCUGAAGGAGUACCUUGGAUUUGAAUAUCCUCUGAGUAAACUCUGCCCAGCUGCAAAUACUCUGAAUGAAAUCUUCUUAAUCCACUUCAUCACUUUCUGCCAAGAAAAGGGAAUUGAUGAAUGGCUGACGACCACCAAGAUGACCAAGCACCAAGCCUUACUAUUUGGCGCUGACUGGAUUUGGACCUUUUGGGGAUCUGACAAGCAAAUAAAGUUUCAGCUGGCAGUACAGACUCUGCGGAUGUCUUCACCUUCUCUCGUGGAAUCUAAGCCUUGUGACCUUUCCAAUCCAGAAUCAAGGGUAGAGGAGUCUUCCUGGAAGAAAAGUAGAUUUGAUAAGCUGGAAGAAUUCUGUAGCUUGAUAGGAAAGGAUUGCCUGGGUCUGUUUUUCAUCUUUGGGAUGCCGGGAAAGCCUAAAGACAUCAGGGCAGUUGUCCUGGACAGUGUCAAAAGUCAGAUGGUGAGGAGCCAUCUGCCAGGACGGAAGGCUGUGGUUCAGUUUGUCCUGGAAACUGAAGACUGUGUCUUCAUCAAAGAGCUGCUCAGAAGCUGUCUGAGUAAGAAAGAUGGGCUGAGAGAGGUGGGCAAGGUUUAUAUUAGCAUUCUCUAACCUGGAUAUGUAUGAUGUGACUGGCCUGUAAGAAGAAAAGACAAAAAGAUUCUAAUAAGCAAGCUCACCUAUUUGCAUCA